AUGGAAGCUGAAAACUUUCCAAGAAAACCAAGACAGUCAGGCAGUGACUGGAACCCAAGCAACCAAAACUCGAUUGAAGUGUUAAAGCAAUCAUUGCAAAAAGAUUUUGAUAGCCAGCUUGAGUACGCAAAAAAACUUUAUGAAGAUAGGAUUGAAUCCAUUACUUCAUAUUCCCGCCAGUUCUACGAAUCUUCUCAAACGGACGAAGUGUUACACGUUAUGAAAGAAAGCGAAAUUAGCGACCAGUUCGUUAAUCAGCGCAUGAGGGAGCUAUAUGAAGAAACUAUGCUUAAAGAGCGCGACCAAACAAUUGAAAAUCUCCACAAAGAGCUCUUAGAAUUAAAAGCCCAAAUUACAGCUUCAGAGCAAGAAAAGCAAAGGCUAAAAUCAGAAGAAAUCAAAGCUAAACAGUUGGAACGAGAAAUGAACGAAGCUAGAAGCAAAAUGGCUGCCAUGAGAAUUGAAUUUGAAGAAGCUGUAAAAAGGAAAGACAAAGAGUGGCAGCAGAAAUCAGAAGACGUCAAUAACUCACGAAUUUUGUCGAAAAAAGUGGAAGAUCAGCUGUUUGAAAGUGAAGCAAGAAUUCAUCGUCUGACUUUAAAUUUAGAAGAGCUGAAUUCAUAUUAUGAAAAAGAAAAAAAUAAGACACAGCUGCUGGAAAACGAAAAUGGAAGCUUAAAAAAAGAAAUUUUUGAGCUUAGAGAGCAGGCAUUUUCAAGGAAUCGAUGGGAUCAGGGAGAAAGUAAUAGGCAAGUACAAAAAAUCAGCGAGGAAUAUGAGAGGAUUAGGAAUUAUUGCCAGCAGUUAGAAGCAGAAAGAGACCAAAUACUCAGUGACAGAGGAAAAAUGGAGCUGAUAAUCCAAGCUGAACAGAAAGCCAGUCAUGAAGUCCUUGACCAGCUUCAAAAGAAAUAUAAAACAAGAGCAAAGCAUUUCAAGAAAAAAAUAAUUGAACAAAAAAACACUAUAGAAAACUUAGAGCAGCAGCUCGCAAGCUAUAAAAAGGUUUCUGAAGAGCAAAGAAAAGAUCUGGAAAAAAAGAGAGGCGAAGUAAAAGAUGAUCUCAAAAAGGUUAAGGAAGAGUGGGAAAAAAGAUGCCACGAAAUCUUAUUAGAAAGCCAAAGAAAAGAAGCUGAACUGCAAAAUCGGCAUCAAAUGCAGCUAAGCUCUAUUCAAAGCCAAUGGCAGCAGGCCAUGGAGCAGAGAAUAACUGAGCUUCAGCAAGAUAUACAGACAAACAGGGCUAAAAGUAUCGAAAAUGAUGCAAGAAUCCUAAUUGAGGCCAAAAUAGCUGAGCUUGAAGCAGAAUACGUCCCUAAAAAGAAGUUCGAAGAAGUCUUAAAAGAAAAAGAAAAAAUGAUUAAAGAGCUGCAACAACUCAAACAGCUCGAAACAACCAUCAACGCCUAUAAAGAAGAGUCCCAAAACAGACUCCAAGAAAACCAGGCAGAGCUCGAAAAACUCUAUAAGAUUAAACAAAUUUUAGAAGAGCAAUUGGACACAGAAAAAGAAACCAAAGAAGAGCUGAUAAUGGAAAUCCAGAAAAUAAAAGAAUACUAUGAAGACGAAGAAAGAAGCAAAAAGGGAGUCCUGCAGAAACUGGAUGCAGCUUUUGAAAAGAUUGGGAAGCUAGAAGGAAUGUGUGAGGAAGAAAAAAGGAAAAGAGUGCAAAUAGAAAGCGAAGAAGAAGCUAUGAAAAGGAUCGUAGAGGACUAUAAGCAAAGGCUGCAAGAGCAAGAAGAGCAGCUCUCCACUGCUCAACAAAGAUAUGAAAACAGAAUUAAGCAAAACACUGAAUCAUUAGAAGAUGAGCUUGAAAAAGAAAGAAGCAAAGCAAAAACGCUCUCAAGAGAACUGCAAACGUUGAAAGAUGACCUUGAAUAUAUUCAGCAAGAAAAAGCUGAAGUCCAACAAAACUUUACAACGAUAAAAUUCCAAUUAGACGAAUCCAAAAGGAACAGAUUUGAGGAGUCCAGCAAAUUUGAAGAAGAAUCUGCAAGGCAUAUGGAAACCAGAAGCAAACUAUUGCAGUCUGAAGGCAGAAACAAGCAUUUGUGCUCAGAAUUAGAAGGCUAUGAAAAGAAAGUGAGCGACCUUAAAGAAGCGCUGCGCUCAAAUGAAACAGAAAUGAUGAAGCUGAAAAAUAAGCUUUAUGAGUACGACAAUGAGCUUUCCUGCACUGACAAUGAAAAGCGAUUAAUACAGAAACAGCUUGGACUAGCUGAAGCAGAAAGUGCAGAGCUUAAAGAAAGAUGCAAAAACUUGUUGAAAGGAAAACUCAAGGUUUUAAGGUCAGAUCUCAAAGCAUUAAAAAACUUCCACAACAAUGAAGCUCAAAUGCUGAGAAAGGACAUCAAUUCAUCAAUCCAAGACCUAUUGUUCAGGUUUAUGGAAGCCACGAAUUUUAUGAGGAAAAAAAUGGAUACAAAAGUCCAAGAAGUCAGUGAAGAAAUCAACAGACAGUGGUCACAGAAAAUGCAAGAAAUGGAAGACUCCAUAUCAAAACAGUCAACAAUGUCUAUAGAAAUUUCCCAUAGAUGGCGCAGUUUGCCCUUGAUUUGCCCACUGGGGAAAGAUUUGGUUCGACCAGCACCAUAUGGUUUGGUCAAACCAAAAAAUUUUCCUCAUGGGCAAAUCAAGGGCAAACUGCGCCAUCUAUGGGAAAUUUCUAUAUCCAGCAGUACCAAGAAAAAUGCGCAAUCCAAGAAAAGCAGCUAGAAGCAGUGAGAAACGCUGCUCAGCUAUUAAAAAAGGACCAAAAAAAUAUGAUUGAUGAGCUUGAAAGAAUGAGAAAAAGAAAUUUCGAACUGCAAGAGAAUGUCAAUAAGCUAGAAAGAGAUAACAGUCAGCUAGAUUCUUUGCUUAAAAAGAACUCAGAAGCAUUUGAUAAACUGCAAGUUGAAGUAAAACAAGAAACCAGCAAGCUUAAGCAAGCUGGAGAUAUCGCACUCGAUAAAACUAAGCGGGAUCUAUUAACCAAGCAUGAAAGUGAAUUAAAGCAAGCACUUAAGAGUCUUGAAGAAGCAAAGAAAGAUAAAAAUGAAACAGAACGAAAAUUCGAAGAACAAAUAAAAACUAUUGAAAAUCUUAGAGAGACUGAACUGACUCAGCUUAAAAAAAGAUACCAAGACUUACUGGAUCAGGCUUAUUCUGACUUAGAAACCGAGAGAGACCAGAAUUUAAAACUUAAACAGAAGUUCAGACAAGUCGAAGAUGAAACCCAUUAUUUAGAAAAAGAGCAUUUGAACUCCAUACAGGAGUUUGAACUUAAGCUCACUCAGCUUGAGCGACAAAUGAAGUCUGAAUUAGACAAAACAGCAAGCUCCACUAUUCAAAAAGCCUCUGACGUGGAGAGGCUAUCUCAAAAGCUUAGAGAAGCAGCUAAAGAAAUAGAAGCAAGAGAUGAAGAGCGACAAGAAAACUUGAAGGAAAAAGAAAAAAUCCGAGCGAAGCUUCAAGAACUAGAAAGCAAAAUGGAGCUUCAAGGCAAAAACUUCCAAACCCAACUCUCAAUUAAAGAAAAAGAAAUCGAGUCACUGAGGAACAUGCUCUCAAAAUCCUAUUCAGAAUCUAUGGACCAAGUUAAAAGAGCACGUGAACUAGACAGAGAAACUCAAGAACUCACUAGGCAGGUCAGAAAAGGAACUCCAAGCCGAGGGAGCGUGUUUGGACAAAGCCCAGCGGAGUCUUCAAGAAUGACUCCAGAUAAUUUAAGAUAA